GGGAAAUACCUGAACAUAGCCAAAUAACAAUCACGGUGUUCCAAUGUGAUGUCGAUGAUAGUGGAUUAUGAGAUUUAAUUUACAUACCAACAUUACGUUAUAAACAAAUAUCAUGGCAAUCCUAUCGAAAUUAGUUGAACAUUUGGUGCUGUAUAGAAUAUGAAAUAACCGUUUCUAAUUGAUAGCAUGACUGAAAUGCGAUACCUAACCUUAUAAUUUAUAGAGGUUAUGUUGUGAAGUAAAUAAUUUUGUACUAAGUUAUAAGGCUUUUUAAAGAAACUGUUUGCAACAAACCUGAAAAGAUGUCGUAUUUAACGAGAAAGGAAAUAGACGAAAUGAAACCACAAAUUGAAAAAGCGGUUCAUAAAUUUCUUGGUUUUGGAGAACCUGCUAUUGUUACCACUGCUGUCAAUUGUAUUACUUCUGGAUAUGAUAAACGCAAAACAGCAGAUAAAUUAUCUGCAUUGUUGGAAGACAAAAAGGCUUCAAAAUUAACUGAGAAAAUAUUUGCUAUAUACGAUGAUGCUAGAGCAGCACAGAAAAGUAAAAAACGUAAUCAUGUGGAAGAUAAAGAUAAAGAUAAAGACGCAAAGAAGCCUAGAUUCAAAGAUGAUGAGGUGAAAAAUGAAAAAACAACAGAGGCACAGCUCUCAGCAGACAAAAUAAGACAAAUGAUGGCUAAUGCCCAAAGAGAAAUUGAAGAAAGGAAAAGGGCAUUGAAAGCUAUAAAACAAGAAGAAUCAGCACCAGUUAAGCCCUUAUUAAAAGCACGUGAUUCAUUACCAACAGUGGGUAGCAUGUAUAAUCAAGGUUUAUUAAGUAAAACAGAUUCGGACAAAGCACGAAAAAUUGCUGCUUUACAAGCUCAAAUUAGAAGUAAACUAAGUUCAGGGUUACUUGGUAACGUCAAUGUACCAGACAAACCAACUCCAUUGAUCUUAGAUGAGUCUGGAAGAACUGUAGAUAUAACUGGCAAAGAAGUGCAACUUACUCAAGUAGUGCCAACGUUAAAAGCCAACAUUCGCGCAAAGAAACGCGAAGAAUUCAAAGCACAGUUACAAGAAUCUAAAGGCCCUGAAGAAAUUCAGGAUACGCACUUUUUCGAUACCAGAAUAGGUGUGAAACCUGCGAUUCGAGGCAAGCGUACGUUGAAAUUCCACGAACCUGGAAAGUUCCAACAGUUGGCAGAAAGAAUUCGUAUGAAAGCCCAGUUGGAAAAAUUGCAAAAUGAAAUUAGUCAGAUAGCUAGAAAAACUGGUAUAAGUUCAGCGACAAAGUUAGCGCUCAUAGCGCCAAAAACUGAAGCUCUUAGCGAAGAUGUGCCUAAUGUAGAAUGGUGGGAUUCUGUUAUAUUAACAGGAGGGUAUUCAAAUGAAGAUGAACCUACAACUAUUAAAAAUUCUACUAUUACUAAUCUUGUUGAACAUCCUACACAAAUGCGACCGCCAACCGAUCCAUUGAAACCAAUAUACAUGCCCGUAUUUUUAACAAAGAAGGAACGUAAAAAAUUGCGUAGACAAAAUAGACGAGAGGCGUGGAAAGAGGAACAGGAGAAGAUUCGAUUAGGUCUUGAGCCGCCACCGGAACCAAAAUUGCGGAUUUCGAAUCUUAUGCGAGUAUUAGGUACAGAAGCCGUACAAGACCCCACUAAAAUCGAAGCCCAUGUCCGGCAACAAAUGGCUAAAAGAUUAAAGGCACAUGAGGAUGCUAAUGCGGCUCGAAGACUCACUGCUGAUCAGCGGCGUGAAAAGAAAGCGAGGAAACUUAAGGAAGACACUACGCUUGGUGUACACGUGGCCGUUUAUAGAAUACGUGAUCUCGUAAACAACGCUUCAAAGAAAUUCAAAGUGGAAACAAACGCGAAACAGCUUUACCUCACAGGUUGUGUAAUGCUCUUUCGGGAUUGUAACGUUGUUGUAGUAGAAGGAGGAGCAAAGCAAUUGAGUAAAUAUAAACGAUUGAUGAUGCAUCGCAUCAAAUGGGAGGAGGACAUCAUAAAAGACAAUGAUGGAAACGAUGUACCAAACAAAUGUGUACUCGUAUGGGAAGGUACUAGUAAACAACGUCAUUUCGGCGAGAUCAAAUUUAAGGUUUGCCCGAUCGAAAAGAUGGCUCGGGAGCACUUUAAGAAACACCAGGUCGAACAUUAUUGGGAUUUAGCAUACAGUGGGGCAGUUCUCGAUAACACGGACGAUAUUGCGAUUCGCAGAUUGCUCGCCUUGUUCGUACUGGUCGAGAGUACGAUACUACCGUCCAACAUGUUGCUGGAUCUGGGCAGACGUACGAAUAUAUCGAUGGAGAAGUACCAUCAAGCGGAACAAGCGAUUCUCACUUCUCACACCCAUCUGAAUCACGGUUCACCGUCAUGGUUCCUAGGUGCCUCGCACGAGAUGACCGAACACGCUCAAAAUCUGUCGAGGAAGGCAUUGCGUAUCGAAACAAUGGCGGUGAUGUUGGUGGAGGCUUUGAACAUGUCCUCCAAAGAGGCAUCAUCGGUAUUACCUUCGGUGGCUGCCAUCAGCUGUUCCGGUUCGCCGACAUUUUUGCAACUGACGAACAGCUGCAAGAAUGUAGAUCCUCGUUACAGAACGCACACCGGAAAAUGUAACAAUGCUUUACAUCCGACCUGGGGUGCCUCUAUGGAAGCUUACGUGAGAUUCUUACCAGCCGAAUACGUGGACGGUGUUUCUCUACCUCGGAUAGAUUUGCCCAGCGCCAGGGAGGUGUCUUCGAGGGUACACUCCGGAGGAUCGGAUCUUAAACAUCCAUAUUUAAUGGCACUGACCGCCUUAUUUGGACAGUUUCUUGUCCACGAUCUAGCGCACACGCCCAAGAUGGAAUUACCCGACGGAGCGAAGUUGAAAUGUUGCGACGUCGAUUACGAACAUUUCCAUCCGGAAUGCUUUCCAAUCCGAGCUGAUAAUGCUGUUGGGUGCAUGGAAUAUUCCAGAUCGGCGCCGCACCCAGGAAACUCUUUACAAGGUUGCAAAUUGGGUCCCCGACAACAAAUCAACCAAGCAACGUCGUACUUAGACCUUUCCCCGGUUUAUGGGAGUUCGGAGGAGGUAGCAAAAGUGCUACGAUCCGGCAAGGGUGGUUUACUUAAUACGCAAAGGAAGAACUUGCCCAUGCCCUCGACCAAGUACGAAAGUUGCAGAAGCGUGAACAAAGCUUUCCCGUGUUUUCUUAGCGGGGAUUCCCGGGUAAACGAGAAUCCCGGUCUCACUCUAAUGCACGUACUUUUUCUACGUGAACAUAACCGAGUGGCAACAGAGCUGGGACAACUGAAUCCUCACUGGGACGACGAGAGACUCUACCAGGAAGCAAGAAGGAUCGUUAUCGCGGAAAUGGAGCAUAUAACUUAUAACGAGUUUCUGCCCGUUGUUCUCGGCGAAACAACUCUCGACAAGUACCAGUUACGUUUAACAAACCGAGGAUAUUUUCGAGGAUACGAUACCCGAACGGAUGCGACACUCUCAAACUCAGUCGCCUCCGCUGGGCUCUUCUUCAUUGCCACGUUGACCCCAAAAACUCUCGACCUAGUUGACUCGCGAUCGGCGUUAAAGUCUGGAGAAAGGUCUUUACUAUCGGCCUUCUACGCUCCCCAAGAGUUCUAUGAAGCUGGUGCUAUUGAUCGUUUGAUCGUUGGUGCUACAGCUGGACAUUCUAGGAAGCCAUUACCACCGGGACUGAAUGAAAUCCUUUUGGAACGAUAUUUCCACGAUGGAAAGAGCAACGAUAUUGCGGUGGAUUAUGCUGCCCAGAUCAUACAACAAGGAAGGGAUCACGGUUUACCAUCUUAUGUCAGAUGGCGAUCUUUCUGUAAUUUAUCACCUAUCAAUAAUUUCGACGAUCUUAGAGGGUUAAUGGCCAAGGAUACCAUAAAUAGACUUCGAAGAGUUUACCGAAAUACAGAAGAUAUAGAUUUAGUAACAGGGGCACUUUCCGAAGCACCUUUACCUAAUUCUGUUUUGGGACCAACGUUCCUUUGCUUAUUAGGUCGUACUUUUCGAAAUCUUCGUUUGGGCGAUAGAUAUUGGUACGAAAAUGCGAAUAGUCCAGGAUCAUUCACGCUGAGUCAAUUAGAAGAAAUUAGGAAAAUUAAAAUGGCACAGAUCUUGUGUUACAAUGGCGAAAGGUUACACUGGAUACAGCCUAGAGCAUUUCUUCUUAGAGAUCGUUUUUUAAAUGAAAUGACAAAUUGCACGAUACACACGAGUCAAUCACCGAAUUUUGCAGCUUGGAAAGAACAGAAUACGUCCUGAUUUUUAUAAUAUUUAUAAACGAUAUGUUAUCAAUUGUACAUAACAAGCGCUAUUUCUAAUUAUUAUUAAUAGAGAUCCCACGUGUUCAUAUAA